GAGGUUUUGCUGAUGCUAAAACUGUCAAAGACACGUGCUUCUCGAGCCUUGACGAGCGUCUCCUCGCAACAUGGUACCCGUCGUUGGUCCUCACGCUGUUGCCGUUUCGAAAGAGUGGUCGAAGCAUCAUUUCCUUCGACAUCGUCACGUACGCGCGUGAAAUGCAGCAACUGACGUCGUUCGACGCUGCGAGUGAGAUGCACACAACGCUCCGAGAGAUGCAUCUCCAGCGCCGGCUCAAAGCUAUGCUCGAGUUUGAAGCCAUGCGACGCGCGCGCCAUGCUGCCUUGGGCGCGACCAGCGCAGCGCUCGACCUUGGUGAGUUUGAGCUUGCGCGUGCAGAACCCGAGCUGUCGGGGCGCACGAUGCGGAACAUUGCCGUCGACGAGGUGCAGCGAGUGCAUCCGUAUCUCGAAGGCACCAUCAGCUCUGGACAAGACGGGACAGUGCUCAAGAUCGACCACACGUUCAAAGUUGCCAAUGCGGCGAAAGACGCCGACGGUACAAAACCGUUUACAUCAAUCUUUACCGUCUUGAACGGGUUGUAGCCCGGCGAGGUUCUUGCCUUCUACUUUUGCGAGACCAAGAGCAUUGAAGAGAUCAAGGAAGAGCUCAAGCUCCUAAACAAGCGCUUGGCAGCCCCCGUGGAGCUCAUCUACACAGACAACCCGAAGGCGGACGUCGACAUUCUCAAGGAGAUCUUUGGCCCGCAGAUCAAAGUCAAGAAGGACAUUUGGCACGUGCUUGACAAGUACUACAAGGCGUGCUACGCGCACUGGCUGCGGACUUGGUUCAUGGGCGACCUCUCCGAGUGCUUCUUCACUGCCGACGCGGAAGACAUGGCACGCGUGGCGGCUGAGAUUCGCGACAAGCACCCCGAGCACAUCGGCAAAGACAUUCCCGAACGACUGCUCAAGAACAGGGUGCGGCGCUACGUCCAAGAUCCAGAGACCAUCAAAACAAAGGUCGAGUCGCUCAUCAAGAAGUACAGAGAUGUACCUGGCCUCUUCAAGAAGUCGAUCGACGACACGCACGCGAAUGCAAUGGUCGACCUCGAUCUCGGCUACAUCUGCGACGAGAAGGGCAUCUCGUUGUACACCGACAUUGGUACCAGCGACAAUCCGCGAUAUGUGACGGUGCGAUCGACGAGCCAGCUCGAGAACCUCCAUCACAUCCUGCGCUCGUGCGUGCAUGGCACCCGUUUGAGCAUGACGACGCUCCAUUGCAUUCUCAUGGACCGCAUUUUUCGCAGGAAUUUGACCAAGCGCUCGAUCACCACGAAGUACCACGGCCCGCGACUGCUCGAUCCGCAUCUUGCUAUGCAAGUGAAGGCGCUCAUGGUGCAACUACAACCAACCAACCAACCCAACUGGCUCACCAGCGUACCAACAAUUGCGGCCCGUGCAACUGACGAGUCGUUCGGUGUCGUUCGCCGACAGCACAUGUCGUCAGCACUGCGUGCUCUGGAGCGAGCCCGUGCCGCAAUAGACGAAGCAAGGCAAGACGACGUCGACGCUGAGCCGUUGUCGUGGGCUAUGCGCCGCAGUGGCGUUGUGGCGCCUGCCAGAGCGGUGCUCGAGUCUGAUGAAAAAUUCCUCUACCGCUUCCUCGUCGAGAGCAAGCGCUCGACCGAUGACACCAUGAUCGCGGACGCGUGGAACGACCUACUCAUCUCUUGGUGGCUCACCAAGCGCGAUGUCGUACCGCUUGCGUUGUCCAGUGGCAAGGCUCUCGACGUCACUGUCGCCAACGUGGCGCUCAAGAAUACCCGCCACAUUGUCCUCUAUGCCAAGGAGCUCAACGACGCUCGGCACGCGCUUGCCUCGACCGGGGCUGACCGCCUUGCUCAGAUACAAUUCAAGGACUCCCGACCCCGCAAGGUGCUCGUCCCAACGCCAUUCCCACUGCGCGACGUACCUCGUACCACCAACCAGCCGAUCGGCGGCUACGAAGCCGUCGCGAACGAAGUCGCACCGCCUCAUGCGCCGCGUGCUACCGCAUACAAACGUCAUCUUGGCGAGCUCACGGACGGCGGCGCUGACGACUCGCGGCCCAAGACGAAGCGCCAGUAUCGACCGUGUCCUGUGUGCUUGUGCCCCCACCGCAACCACCGCCAAAGGGGCUUUGAUGAGUGCCCACUCCACAAGUUCUACAAGGCCAACAAGGACCGAAUCAAGAACGGUCCCGGUGGCUCCGGCAUCACCGCCUACGACAAGGCAAUCGCCGAGUGGAACGAGCUACAGUCGAGCACAGACCCAGCGGCUCAAGCGUGACGACCUGCAUCUAGACAGUCAACGCAUACAUAUAGUAAAUACCAUUCAUAUCA